AUGGACCCGAAUGGUUCGUCAUCAGGGCUGCCUGCACCUGGCGAUCUGAUCGCUCAACAAAGGAAAGAUGCGAUCCAGGCCGUGGGGCAGCCGACAGCUGACGGGGGACUCUGGGCUCAACUGAGCAGUAAUCCUUUCUUCACAGCGGGAUUUGGUCUUGCUGGCCUCGGGGCAGGUCUAAGCUUUGCCCAAAAAGGCCUGCGACAUGGCGCCGCUCUUCUUCGCCGGCGCAUGCUCGUGGACGUCGAAAUCAGCAUCAAGGAUGACUCGUAUCCGUGGUUCCUUCAUUGGAUGACCCUCUAUCAACAAUCGCAACUCAACUCGGCCCGGUCCGCAGCCAGCAGGUCUGGCUUUAUGGAAUCCAUCCUCCAACGAUUGACGCCUGGGAUGCGCCACCUCUCUAUUCAGACCCAGAAAGUCGAACACGCAAACGGAUCAAUGCAUACACACUUUGCGCUGGUUCCGGGACCCGGGAGACACAUCCUGCGAUAUAAGAAUGCCUUCGUCUUUGUCAAUCGGAUGCGAGAGUCCAAGUCGCAGGACCUACAGACGGGUCGGCCGUGGGAGACGAUCACGCUGACCACACUCUAUUCGCACCGUUACAUUUUUGAAGAGCUUUUCAAGGAGGCUCAUGCAUAUGCGGCGAGAUCCCAUGAAGGGAAAACGUCGAUCUACAAUAGUUGGGGCACGGAAUGGCGGCUCUUUGGUCAACCGCGACGGAAACGACCUUUGGAGUCGGUGGUUCUCGACAACGGGGUCAAGGAGCGGAUUGUUAAAGAUGUGAAGGAUUUUGUCUCCAGUGGAAAGUGGUAUUAUGAUCGUGGCAUUCCUUAUCGGCGGGGGUAUCUGCUCUACGGUCCACCGGGGACGGGAAAGAGCUCAUUUAUCCAAGCUCUUGCUGGUGAAUUGGACUACGACAUCGCCAUUCUGAAUCUGAGCGAACGAGGACUCACCGACGACCGAUUGAACCACCUUCUGACCAUCGUGCCUAAUCGUACCCUGGUCCUGCUGGAGGAUGUCGAUGCGGCUUUUUCCAACAGACGCACCCAGACCGAAGCGGAUGGAUAUCGGGGGGCCAACGUGACCUUUUCAGGUCUGCUGAAUGCCCUGGAUGGAGUUGCGAGUGCUGAGGAGCGGAUUCUCUUCCUCACAACGAACCACGUUGAGCGACUAGAUGCUGCUCUGGUUCGACCAGGCCGCGUCGACAUGACCGUGCGUCUUGGAGAAGUCACUCGUUACCAAGUCGGUUGUCUCUGGGAUCGAUUCUACGGUGAACUGGAUACGAGCGGGGCGUAUCGUCAGACGUUUAUCCAACGGCUACAAGAUCUUGGGCUUAUCGAGGAUGAGCAAGGCAAGAAGCCCGACCGAUCGAAAAGCACGAGCGCUGCAGCCUUGCAGGGCUUGUUUCUGUACAAUAAAGGGAACAUGGAAGGGGCCAUUGCGAUGGCCGAGGGACUGACUUUUAAUCUACAUGACGAGGCAAUAAAUCAGGAUCGUUCAUGA